CAUGAUGAAGCCGGUGCCCAUGAGAACAAACCUCGAUAUCCCGCAAUGCUUAUGGAACACUGGAAGAAACUGCAGACAUUCUUCCAGGAGGACAAACUCGGCAUGGAGAUGGUGGAAACGAGGCAAAAAAUGUGGGAACUCAUGUGUAGCAUUCAACAGCGUAUGCGUGAGCAGUUGAAGUUGAAUCUGAAGGAACUUCUGAAAGAAGAAUAA